AUGGACGAGCUGGCAGGUGAACCCCUGAGACUUCUGUGCAGUCUCCCAGGCAUCGAAGCCAAUGUCAUCAGCUUGAUCCAGCAAUUGUCGUCGUAUGUUAGUGAGUCUAGAGAUAGAGAGGAGCGCGUGAAACGGCGUGUGGAUGAGCUAUGUGCACACGUUUCGGAGUUACGAGGCGAACUGAGCUCCUUGAGGCAGUCCGCCAUUGCCCAUGUCGACCAACAGCAACAAAAAGGCGAGGAGGUCAAGGAGAGUGCAGCUAGUAGUACGAAUAGUACCCGUACGCUAACUGGAAAGUCUAAGCCGCGCGCAACUAGUGAAAAAAAGUCAAAGCAGCAGGCAGAACACGUGGGAACGCACACUGAACCCCGUACCCAUAGCGCUGCCACACCCUGGCACGCAGGCAAGACGGUGCCCUCAGUGGACACGGAAACGGAGUACAAUGUCAUGUACUCUGACGCAGAGGGUACUGAACUCCUGCCAGUCAAGAACUCCAAACCUGUGUUCAGCACCAUCACGGACGACUCUUGGAAGUUGGUCUCUGCAGGACCACCCAAGACCAAGCGCUCUGUUGCCUAUGUGGGCAACAUCUCCCCAGAUUGCACAGAGGACCGCCUGAAACAGUUCAUCAUGGACAGAAGCGAACAGGCAAUGUCAGGCUGUUCCAUUCCCGUGCAUACCUGCAGUGUACAUGUAGGAGAGAGUGGACGAGUAUCAGCCAGAGUCACUGUAGAUGCCACCUCCAUGCCUAUUGUGACUGCCCCCAACUUCUGGCCUAGGCCUUUGUACUGCCGACCGUGGCGCUUCUCCAAAAACUCUGGUGGAAACCGCAGCAGCAACAGCGAAAACAGCAGCAGCAGCAGCAACGACAACAGCAGCAGCAGCAACAGCAGCAGCAGUAGCAGCGACAACAGCAGCAACAGCAGCAGCAGCGACAACAGCAGCAGCAACAGCAGCAGCACCGCAGAAUCUUCCGCGCCACAGGCAAACACCACUGGCAACGCAAGCAGUGCAGACGAAAGGGACAGUGAGGAUGGAAGCUCUGCCGAUGCAGGUACCUCGAGUCGAACUCCAGGGAUGAAGGCUCGCUCCCACCAGCGAGAUUCACCACCUGCAGACCAAGAAGCCAAGUACUCUGUCGCAGUUGGCAAUGCGUUUGCACCCCUAAGCCGGUAA